AUGGCAACAUGGAAAGAGCAGUAUCUAGCAGCCUUACAAGCCCGAGACGGCGUGGAGAAGGCCAACCUUGGACUUUACGAGUACUGCACCAAGCUGGCAGAUGAGAGGGCCGAGUUGCAGAAAAGGGCCCGCCUUGCAGAGAGAGCGUCGCCGUCAGAAAACACACCGGUGCAGCCGGAGCCUGUCACGUCUCCCGGCUGGGGGAUCAGGAGAGUCACCUCGCCAUCUAUCCAGGGAACUCGUCCAGACUCUCCAUCGGCGACAACCACCGGCCUUGCCCAGCUGAGGCAAGACCUGUCCAAAGCUCAGACCGAGCGUGCCGACUUACAAUCCCGCCUGGACGCCGCCCUCCGUGAGCUGGACGCGCUGAAGGCAAAAGCCAAAGUGGACGCCAAGCGCAUGGCACAACUCAACGCCUCCGUCUCGCAGUUGACGGUCAAAUUGAGAGACCGCGACGAAGAGCUGCGUGGCAAGGCCAAACUGAUAGAAGAUGUCCAGGACGAGAACGUCACGCUGAAUUUGGAGCUCCACAUGGCCGAGGAGAAGGCGCAAAAGUUCCAGAAGGACAAUCAGGAGCUGGUCGAUCGACUGAUGGCGAUCAAGGGGAGGGAAGCGGAUAAGAUGAAUGAAGAGGGCAAGUUUGGAUGA